AUGGAGACCCCCUCGCCGGAUUCACUACACCUCAUCCUCCCGGUCCCCGCCCGCAAACCCUCCCUCUUCGCGCCGGAACCCGCCGGUGACCUUUGGGAGGCCGGGGGUAUCACCGCCUUCUUUUUCUUGUUACGUUGCUUCGGGAUUUUCCCCUGCCACCAGGCCUGCCGCCCGCGGGGCGGGGUGUCGCAGUUCCGUGCCUGGCAGCUGCUCCUCGUUAUAUUGACUAUCGCCGCCACCGUCCUCGAUACAUGGAAGUCCCUGGUCCGUUAUAAAAACCGAAUAUCCUCCCUAGAAUUCACCGCACUGGCGAUGAUGAUCACCCGGCUGUUUUUCGGAUUGAAAUGCUUCUUGACCAUCGUCAAAAUAUGCCGGAUGAGCGACCGCCUUAAAAGUCUCUUAGUUCAGCUGAAUACUUUAUGCAACGAGGAUACGGAAAAGCGGCGAAUGCGCCGGCAAAUCAACCGCCUUGCGCUCGCCUGCUUCGCCUUCGGGCUCGCUUCGCUCGUCGCGAUCUGGCUAGCGGCGUACUGGAGCUUCUCCCUCAUCGUCAACCGGAUGACCACCGACGGGGGGUGGACCGGCGACACCCCCAAUCCCCUCCUGGGGCGGGUGCCGGUGUGGGUGACCUUUGUGCUGUAUCUGGUCGCCUUCACGAUCCACGUCGGUGUGGACGUGUUCGCGCAGUUGCUCCUCGUUUUAUUGGUUUAUCCGCUGGGAUUACACUUCCGGCAGUUGGCGGUCGGGCUGACCGCCCCGCCGGGCGGUUGGCCGGAGGGGUAUGUGGGGCAGGCGACAACGCGCCACCUGCAGCUGACCAGUGUGGUGCGGACGGUGAACCGGCAUUUCUCGAUGGUGCUGUUGUUGAUGUAUUUGGCGGAUUUGAUGGGGUUUAUAACGACGACAUCGUUGGGGCUGCAUCGGGAUAGUACGAAGGAGUAUAUCGAUGUGGAGCUGCUGCCGGUGUUUAUUGGGUUGGUGCUGAUUUCCGGGAUGAAUGCGCUGCUGCGGACGGGGUUUGCCGUUUGGCUCAGCGAGAAGGCGCAUUCAGUGCUGCCGUAUCUGCACGAAGCUCAGUUACGCGCCGUCCGCGAGGAUGACCGGUUUUUAUGCGGCAUCUUCGUGGCACGGCUGCAGGGAACGCGGAUCGCGCUGACGGCCGGCGGAUUCUUCUACGUCACCCGGGAAUUUGUCAUCACGAUGUUUGGUAUCCUACUGACGUACGUGCUGUUCGUGUACCAAAUGGAGGACAAGAAAAUGGACGUCGCCUCCUUAUCCGGCCUGCCCCGAUUGAUGCUGGCCGUGUAGCUUUAUUGUCUAUCCUACUUGUCGCCGUUUUAAUUAAGGUUCUGUUUGUGGACGAGAGAUAUAUUUGUCCAAUGCCUUUAAUUUGCGGCGAAAUUUAUUCUAAGCGCACUCACAUCAUUAUUGACAGCUUGUAUACACGCUCGUAAUGUACUAGCAUACCGGAAUGCUUUCCUGUUUGCCUACGCGGCUGUAAUCUGUGUAUUGU